AUGAAGAAGGCACAGCUGAUGGUUCGGGAAUUGGUGUGCAUCGUCCAGAAGCGCGACAAUGGCAAUCUCUUCGCCAUGAAAUACGUCAGCCGCAGUGCCUGCAUCGGUCGGGGGGCCCUCGGAGGGGUCCUCAAGGAAGUCGAUCUGCUGGCCACACUGGAACAUCCCUUCCUGGUGAACCUUUGGUUUUCGUUUCAAGACGAGGAGGACUUGUUUAUGGUUUGUGACCUGCUGGCCGGAGGCGAUUUGCGGUAUCACCUAAACCAUCAGGUGGAAUUUUCGGAAGCCAGCGUUGCCUUACUGGUGUGUGAAAUCGGCUCCGCACUGGACUACUUGCAGAAGCACCGAGUAGUGCAUAGGGACAUCAAGCCCGACAACAUACUGCUGGACGAGGAAGGACACGCACAUCUGACCGACUUUAACAUCGCAACCCGGCUGCCACCGGAUGGGUUGGCCUGCAGCAUGUCUGGCACCAAGCCGUACAUGGCCCCGGAGGUUUUCAUGUGUGCCUUAGAGGAGAUCGCCGGUUACAGCUACCCGGUCGACUGGUGGUCACUGGGCAUCGUCGCCUACGAGAUGCGUUCCGGGGUGCGGCCAUUCGUGAUCCACUCGGCGACGCCGCUGGUCGAGGUGAAGAACGUCCUCAUCGCCCAUCCGCUCUUCCCCCGCAACUGGAGCGACAAUUUCAUCGAUCUACUCGCCAAGCUCCUCAACGUCCACCCGGGUGCCCGCAUCAGCAGCCAGCGGGAACUGCAGCAAACCAAGCUCCUCCGGGGAACCAACUUUGAGCGGGUCCUAUCCAAGCAAACGAAUCCCCUCUUCAAGCCGUCGAAAGAUCACCUCAACUGCGAUCCCAGCUUGGAGCUGGAGGAGAUGAUCAUCGAGACGAAACCGCUGCACAAGAAGAAGAAGCGGCUGGCCAAGCAACGGUCAAUCAACCGCGACGGUCAGAAUCCGAACCAGGACCAGCUGAGCCCGUUGGACAGUCAGCUGUUGAAGGAGUUUCUGGUGUACAACCGGUUCAAGGAGCAGAAACGGAAAGCCAUGGAGAAGAAGGAAACCGAAUGGCAGCAGGAGCUGGAUCAGGCAAUGGCCAGUUCGGAAGUGGAGGGAACGCCGGUUGCCAAGUCGGAAUCGGUUGGGACGCGGCUGGCUACGAUUAGCGAGGGAACGGCGAUGGCGACGGUGACGGAGCAAGGAGAAAACGGAGCCUGUCAGGGGGUCAAAGAGAACACCAACGGAAGCAGUGAUGCAAAAAGUGAACCAGCAAAGCAGGCGGAUAGUUUGGAUUACAUUGACAGAACGCCAUCGCCGAAGCCGAGCAUCUAGUAGUAGUGGUGUGAGCUUCGUUGUUUACCGGUGGUGUUUGUAUUCUGGUCGUUCGUGUAUGUAUUAGUCGGAAGGAGCUUUUGACGGCUUUGAUUGUAUUGUGAUAAACCGAAUGUGUAUCUCGUCUUUAGGUUUUGGAUUUUUGCAUAGUUUAUUCAAUGUGUUACCGGAAGAUGUCGUUCAGAGAUAUUGUGUGUUAUUGGUAAAGGUUGCUGAUUUGUUAGCAUUUAAACGGCGUGCAAUAAGAGGUAAGCGUAAACAUUGCACAUUAAUAACGAGACUGAGUACAUUAGUGAGAACAAAAUUAACGUCAGAGUCGGGCAAUCAACAAACAGUUAAACAUGAUUUCCAUUUGGAUAUGAAUAAUUCUCAGUACUUUGUAGCGGAGAACAACAUCCGGCAGUACAGCUAGCAUUUAACAAAAAAUAAUAACAACAACAAUCAUCACCUGCUAGGCCGCUAGUUUGCACACUCUCGCACACACACUUAUACCGAAAUAUUAGUAGAGUGAAUAUUAGUAAAUAGUCUACUGCAUCAAAAUCAAACGAUCGAGUACCGGAGAGAUCAAAGAAGUAGCGGAUAUCAGUGAGGUCAAAUCAGUCAACAUAAAUAGUGAGACAAAAUGACAGUACCGUGUGUAUACCACCGUAGAAAUGUAAACAAACAAUGGCUAACAAUUUGAAUG